GCGCGGGCGGCGGCUUCGUGCCUGUGGGCUGGGCGCCAGCCGAGUUCUUCGACGACGAGGACGACGAGGAGGUGGCGGCUGGCAACAAGGCCGCCGCCGACGCCAUCGGCGACCUCUUCCCGCCGCUGCUGCUCCGCCACCUGUACCGCACCACGCCCGGCAGCAAGUACCAGCUCAGCUUCAUCGAAAAGUAUAUGCCUGAUCAACUUCAGUUCUUCGUCCAUGUACCACAUGACAAACUAUGAGCGGACAGAACAACGAGAUAAAGUUAAAUAAAAUGAAAUAUUACAAGAAUGGUAAAGUUAACCACGAUAAAUCGUCUGGUGUACUUGCAAAGAAAAAUAAGGACCAAACCAACUAUGAUUUCUUGAGGAAGAAGACGCAACUCAUGCUGCACGAUCAAAAGAUAGACGAUAUUGGUGAUUUUUCCAUCUGCAGGAAUCUUACAAUUUUAUAUCUACAUAACAACUGUCUCACAGAAAUUAAAUAUCUCGACCAUGCAAUUAAUCUUACACAUUUAUAUUUGCAAAACAAUAAAAUAUCAAAAAUAGAAAAUUUAGAAAAAUUAACGAAUUUAUGUAAAUUGUACCUAGGUUUCAAUGAAAUAUCCGUCGUGGAAGGCCUAGAAGCCCAAGAAAAUUUGGAGGAACUUCAUCUUGAGAAACAGCGACUUGCAGAAGGAGAGGAACUGCACUUCGAUCCUCGGUCAAUGGAUACUCUAGCUCGCAAUUUUUUGCGCGGCAUGCAGAGUUGCCAUCGUCGCGCGUCGGAAACUGCUUUGCCGACUGCCGUCGACCCCGAGCCCCUGCUGCAUGCCCUCGCUCCCGAAGUCGGCGAGAUGGCGCUGCGGCUGCCGCCGGCGGUGCGGCGCGCCGUGUCGCGGACGCUGCUGGAGGAGACGGCAGCCGCCGCGUCCGCCUUCGGCUUCGGGGCGGGGGCCGGCGGCGGCGGCGGUGGGGGCGGAGGCGCCAGCAGUUUGGCGCUGCCCCUACCCAGCGCCCCCCUGCACCCCACCUUCCCCGCGUGGCGACAACCACAAACGCCGCUGGUCAUGGAAGGCGGCGGUGAUGGCGUGUGCGGCCUGGGCGACGGCAGCGUGGGCGUGGUGGGCUUGGCCGGGCCCAAAGGCAGGGUGCGUGCCAAGGUUCCCCGCCCCUUCUGGCGACACAGAGCGGCCACGGGCCCCCGCAACCCUCCGAGCCGGACCUCGUCUACUUGCCCGCUGCGCCUGCCCGAACUGUAGAGCAGACCAGCUUCCAUAACUGUACUCUUCUACCUGUAAUAAAUCCAUGUGUACAUACGGAG